UGUGUUGGCCUACAUAGAUCUUGAUAUGAAAUUGAUGGCGAGAGGUAAUCGACUUUCCGCUUCACGAAUAGGUAUGGCACCAUGCAACCUUAGAUCUUGUCAGCCCUUGCCUUCCCUCGACUUCCCUCGUCCAUUUAGAUCUUCCCAUAUCUAGUUAAGCAUCUUCCAUCUCUCGAUCUCCUUUGGUUCUCUCUUGCAUCGUCACCUUCCAUCAUAGAUCCAGGUAGCGAUAUACCACACUUCGGGUAGUUGACACCCUUAAGGUUCUAUUAUUCGACAAAGAUCGUCACAUACUCAUAACACAUGUCGACCACAUGCUACCAUGUUUCUCACAUCAACAACCUUGCUUCUAGCCACCGAGAACCUAGAUCCCCGAGUCGCCAUAACAUUAGGAGUAGGCUGACUUAUGCAGAUCUGGAUGUGGAUCCGGAGAGAACUCAUAUCCGACUUUCCCCUUCGGCAGCAAAUAUGUUUUUUGAUCUUCCAUUAAUUCUUUACCAUAUCAAAAAUUCCCUUGGUCGCCAUAGCAUUAGGAGUCGGCUAACCUACGCAGAUUUGGAUGUGGAUCCGGUGAGAACUCAUAUCCGACUUCCCCCUUCGGCAAUAGAUUAGGAUGUGGAUCCGGUGAGAACUCAUAUCCGAUUUCCCCCUUCAGUAAUAGAUCUGAUGUGGAUCCGGUGAGAACUCAUAUCCGACUUUCCCCUUCGGCAGCAGCACGGCGCAUGGAUCAGCGGGAGGGCAGCAGGAAGCGUGCGCGGGGAGAGGAGGAGGACGUGGACUCGCCGCCAGUGAAGAUGACGGCUCUGGCGGCGGCGGCGGCGGCUGAUGCGCUGGCGGAAGCGGCAUUCCAGGAGGCGGCGCCGGCGGUGGUGGAGGGUGGGGAUGGGGAUGGGGAUGGGGAUGCGUGGAAGCCGCCGCCGGGGGUGUUCGACUUCCCUUGGCUGAGUUGCCAUGGCGGCCUGGACGCCCCCGUCACCAGCCCCCUGGUGGAGCUCCGGGAAGUGUUCUUCCGGUCGGCUGUGGACGGGCACGUGGCGGCGGUAGGCGUGCCCGGCGACCGCUUCAUCGCGCCGCCGAGCAACAUGAUGCUGUUCGUCGUCUUGGAGGAGUGGGUCGUCACCGCCGGCGAGGACGAGGUGGACCCCAUGUGGCGCUCCGUGCUCGAGGGGGCCAAUCCCUCCGCGUGACGCAACGUGGCGAGGUCAGCAUGGAACCCGGACCCCACCCGCCCGAGGUUCCGUCCGUGUCAGCGGCGAUGCGCUGACGUCGCUGGAUAGAGAGAUCGAUGAUACUAGGAAGGAAAUCAUGGAUGCAUCUGACGAGAGGUCGUCUUGUUCUUGUUGCUUUGCUUCUUUCUCCUUGCUUUACUUUUCUGUAUGUAUGUAACAAAGAUGUUUCAGUUGUCAGUUUUAAGUUCCUGCUUUGGAGGGUCUGGGUCUUGUUGCAGUCGCCGAAAAUCAAUAAAAACUUGAGCCAAGUUCGUGCUAGUGGUUAACUGAA